AUGAGCGAAAACGAUGGAGGAAACAACCCCGAGGAUUCGGACUCGGGUGACGAGUAUUCGGAUUCGGAUUUACACGCCGGUGGGGUCUCGGACACGGAGAACGACCAAGCGGUCAUCGCGCAAGCGAUGUCGGCCGAGGCGACUUUAUCCGUGGACGUUGGGUCUUCGCUCACCCACCACGAUUGGGCGGACAUCGAUAACAGCGAUUUAGUCGCCAAAGUGAGAGGUUCGGCUGGGUUUCGAAUCAUGAGAGAGAUUCAACCGUGGGACGGGGCGGCGUCUUCAUCCGCCGCAGCAACGUUGUUGGAUAACAAGGUGUUUGAGUAUUUUUACGUGCAAAGGAAAGACUCGGACAUGUUUAAGAAAUUGGUCAAGGAGUGCUUCCCGAAAGAGUACGAACAAGCCUCCUCGGAUAAAGAGGAGAAGAAGAGAUUGCAGUCCAUGUGGGCGCAACAAAUCAUGGACGAGUUGAAAGGGAUGAGAGAGUACGCGAAACAUACCAUUCGAUGGUUGACGGCGAUAAAUAACGCGCAAGCGGGAGAUUUGUUAUUUUUGAAGAGGGAGGCGUUGAUGAAUGGAGAACACUCGAUUCAGUGGAAAGCGGCGGCUAUCGUCUGGGAGAGCGUAUCGAAUAGGAUUAAAGAUCAAACGUUCGCGGCGAUGCACGCGUGGACGAAUAAAACUGGAGCGCAAUCCGGAGGGGUGCCGAGAAUGUAUAAACAUCAGCACGAACUUUUGGAGGUUUUGGAUAAGCAUUACACGGUUACUGAACAGGCUGUGGAGAGUGGAGGGAAAAUGCCGUUACCGUUGCACGUGAUUUUAAGCACACCGACUGGGUCUGGUAAGACGUUUACCGCGGUUCUGACGUAUUUGCGUCUGAUCAAGCAAAAGCAUAAAGACGUCAUCUUGUUGUAUUCCGUGCCGACGAAGCAGGUUUUGAAGAGAGUUGGCCAGGAGUGCGAAGCGCACGCCGUGCCGUAUUGGACGGCGGCCAGAGAUAAUACCGGUGAUGGGACGAUGACGCAAGUCAGAAGACCGUAUUCUAUCCGAGAUAAGGCGAGGAAUAAAAAAGCUGUGAGAGCGGCGAGGGCCAUCGGAGAGAAAGUUUCAGCCGGUAGCGGCACGGUGGAACAACAGCUAGAAUAUGCCGCGGAUAUUGGUUUCAAGUUAAAAGAUCAUGGCGCGGGGAAGCCAGAUAUUAUCAUUGCAGAUUUGAAUACGACGGCGAGAAUAUUAGAAGCGGCGAAGAAACAGCCGGAAUCGAGUUUUUAUAACCAAUCGAAAAUUUUGCUCUACUUUGAUGAACCGAAUAUGGGAAUUCAUUUAGACCCAAAGGUUUUAGGCGUCGUUUCAAACAUUCAAGCGAAUAUGCCGCACGCGGCUGUGCUAGCUUCUGCAACGCUGGGCACGUGGGAUACGUUAGAAGAUUGGUGGAAAGGCCCGACGGAGGCGAGGAGAGACACCAUUGAAAUGGCACCGUACGAGUUACCGAUGUCGAAACUCGCGGUGUUUAACCAAGCGACGAAUGAAAUUUCUACGAUUUCUCCGUUUGGGAUGUUCAAAAACUAUGGUGAAUUCCAAAGAGCUAUGAAUGAUAUUCGCGUUCCGACUUUGUUGUUGAGGCACAUGUCCGCCAAGCAAGGCAACGAGUUAUUAGGCAUUGAUGGUCCGGAAGCGGCAUGGGAGAAAGUCUACGGGGACGUCAAAUCGUUACGAUUGGCCAUCGAACCAAAGAUGAAAACCAUUCCGCAGCCUGAUUUCGAAAAGUAUAAAGUUCGCUGGGCUACUGGAGAAGGUGCGCCGAAGAAAGUUGCCGGCAUUCGAGAUGCUUUAAGUAAGGAAGGUGUGACUAUGGUUGGUUGCAUCAACCCGAGGAAAACGGCGUUGGAACUCGCCGGUUUCGAAAACAAAGAAGACUGGCAAGCCGCCGUGCAUAAAUUGAAUUCUAAAUUGAAAGAAGCCGAGAGAAUGUUAAAAGAAAACGCUAAGGCUGAAAAACGAGCCGCGAAGAAGAAAGGCGACGCCGACGAUGAAAACCCAGCCGAUGCCGGGGACGACGUUCAAGUCGGAUUGGUCACCUUGAGACCGAUGUUGAAAAUCUCUUUAGCAGAGGCGUUGGAGUCGGACAUCGACACUUUGGUCAUGUUGUCCCGAGGCGUCGCGUACGCAAGUGGUAAAGGCACGGAGACUAUGGUAAAGCGAUUGUAUAAUCAAGCGUUGUUGACGGUACCGGAUUCUUUGAAGGGAAGGUCGCCGCCGUUGAACGUGCUUGUUGUCGAUUACUCGUCUAUUUACGGUACCGAUUGUCCCGCCGUGGACACGUUACUCUUGCAAGAAGAGCUCGGAAGAUUACUUGCCUGGGAAGAUUUGCAACAGUUUAUCGGUCGUCUCCGUCGCGACGGUUUGUGUAUCUUCUUCUCCUUGGGGACUUUGCGAAAAGCCGUGUUGGGUUCGCACGUCGAAGCCGAAGAAAUUCAGAAAACAAUCAACUUUCAGAAAGCGGUCGAAGAGACAACGUUGAAACUCGUAGAAUCGAAGAAGUACGACAGUGCAUCGGUAAAAGGAGCUUUGGAACCAUUAGCCGAACAGUUUGGUAGGCGUACGGGAGAAGCUGGCGCUUUUGCCGUAAUUGCUCUCGCGUGCCUUUCGUUGAAGCCACAAGACAUGCCAGAUUCCGAUAAAGAACUCUCCGCGCAAAUGGUCAAAAACGUCGAGAAAUUUAGUGAAGCUUUAGAAAAAAUUAUCGGGAAGAAACAAGACCAAAUCAGUUUGGUUUCCAUUCUUGAGUCUCUCGCGUGCUCGCAAGCCCCAUUUGAAGGUCGAACAGGGGGUGCCAGAGUUUUGGGAUGCGCAGCAUCGUUUCUUAAAGGGAUAUACGACGCCGACUUGCUCUCUGAAGAUGGUAUUUUCGCGUGGGCGAAUCAGCGGGCGAAAGAUAUUAAGAACGAUCCGGACGCCGAUCAAAGGUUCUUUAUGAAAGUGAAACCAUUUGUGCAGUGGUUGCAAGAAGCCUCGGAAGACGAGGAGUCGGACGAGGAGUAG